CCAGAGACUGACUAUCAUACAGGUCUGAUAGGCUACAUGACGACAAAGAUUCUGAUAUAUUACUUCCUCGUUGAGAAAGCCUAUGUCGUCAGGGGAAGUAAGAAGCCUCGCAUGAAGACGAAGCUGUGGCUCUUCAAUUGCCUUUUUAUGCUACUACCUUACACCAUCUUUGUCGUCAUGAAUUUCAUCUUCCGCAUAACCUACAUCGAUGACUCCGGUGUAUGCAUCAUUGGCAUGCAAAAGAUUGCCAUGCUACCAUUGAUCACCUUCGAAGUUAUUGUCAACGUCUACUUGACCGCUCUCUUCAUCAUCCCUCUCCGUGGUCUCUAUUCCUACCAACACAACGCAAAUCCCACGCUCCACCGAAUGGCCAAGCGCUCACUCAUUGGCUCCCUCGCCACCCUCACCACCUCCGUUGUCAACUUAACAAUUCUCAUGGUACUAAAAGGCGAGCCAGGCUGGAUAUGCCUGAUGUGCUGCAACGCCGACAUCUUGUUUUGCGUGUUAGUCCUACACUGGGUGACAUCGAAAGACAAGACCACAGUGACUACAAACCCGCAGAGCGGCAUGGGUGGCGACACACUCGGCUCAAGAAGCGGCACAAGAUCGCACCAAAAGCGGCACAGCAAGCUAGCAUACGGAGACAACACAGAAGAAAAGCUGCGCAGCGAAAUCAUCACCAUCAAGGGCAUAUCCGACGAGUCGCCGACCAGCAACAACAUCAGCAUCAGCAGCAGUACCACCAACAGCGACAGAAAUUCCCGAAGACCCAGCCUCAACGUUUUCCCUUGCUCUACCAACACACACAAUCCACACCAUUAUAACCGCCCGCAGACGUCGCCCCGGUUAGUGCUCUCGAGCGUUACAACAGAAUGCAAGUCUUCGUCUCCGCCUAGCAGAUUCCGCGCUCCGAGUCGUGGCAUGUAUCGCACACCCACGCGGGAGGAGUUUGGAGAUGAGGUCGAGUUGAAUAAUAUCAGGGUUCAGACUAUCCAUACAAGGGAAGUGGAGAUUGAUGAGGAGGGGAGGGAGCGGACGGAGAGUGUGAGAAGUGAAGGGGAAGAGUGGGUUGGUCAUGAGCGGAGGGUCAUUGGGGACGGUGUUGUUUGAUCCUGAGACAUGUAUCGUGAUUGGCAAGUUUACCGGGACGCUCUGGAUACUAUGGCCGUUGGCUGUUUUAUGUGUGUGUGUUUUAUACCUCUUGUUUGGCUUCUUCGGGCGGGAACUGGAAUGGUACGUGUAGAUAGUCCCACUUAAUGUACUCGGAAUGACAUUGAGC